UUUUCAGCUGAAAGGAAAGCGGAUUUUCUGUUGGCUUUUUCCUGAUCUCUAGUUGGUAGUGAACGCCAACUGAUUGAUUUAUUUUUCGUGCGUUUCAUUUUGUGCGUGUUAUUUUAUUUGUGUGGAAAGCUAACAGAAAUUCACCGCAACAGUAGCAGUUUUUUUUAAUUCAGAGAUUUCCAUUGAAGUUAAGUUAAACCGAGUGCGGCUUAAUAAAUGUGAAACUGAAACAGGCGUGUAAUCGGAAUGGUCAAAUCGCGGUGUGAAUUGUGUAGAAAAUUUUAUUUCUCCACCAAUUGCGCUUGUGCGCGUCCGGGCGGUGUAAAAUCACAGCUUUCGGAAUUAUUUUUCAUGUGAUUUUCAACGCGCGAUACGCAAGAAAGGCCCCCGAAGCGUAUGCUUAUUGUUUGUCUCUUUUCUUUGGUGCAGGUUUUGUUGUUGCUUAAAAUCGAAAGCCAGUGAAGUUUUCCCCCAAAACAGUUUUAACUAACCGAUCAAUGGAUUUGCUUUCAAGAUUGGUGAAGUGUUGAAAGAGUGUUUUGUUGGUGCAUCAUCAAACAAAAAAAAACAAAAAUAGUGUGGCGUGAGAAAAUUUUGACCCAAGGGUGAUUUCGUGAUUGUUUUGCCAAGUGGAAAAUUGGCCUACACCGGGCGGCGGAGAGAGGCGCGGCGUAGCUGUUGUUUUGUUUUUCUUCUAUACCAAAGAACGGACAGCGCGAAUGUUUGGGCCAGCGUUUGGCAAGCAGAGCGUCAUUUCGAUAAUACGGUGCUGAAGACGACAAACGGCGAACGCUGGUGGAAUAAAUAAACAAUACAAUCGCAGUGUAAAAUUUUUUGCCGGUUCGUAGAAAAACUGCGGUAUCCAGAUUUGGCGAUUCAAUAUAUUUGAGGACAACCAGCAAAAGUAUGUGAAAACACUAGUUUGAAUUUGUCAGCUGCAGUAGCAAGCAAACAAGUUUUUGGGUUUCAACGAAACAACGAAAUACACAUUGACCCACAUCAGCCUACUGCGACCUCGCAGUGAAUAAUAAACUUGUCAAACUAGGAAAUAACAACAAACACCGGAGAAAAAAAAAAAACGAAAUGCCAGCCUACAGUGAGUACGACCGGUAUGCGUCCUCACGCAGGGCAGCCGAAUCGAUCUACUAUUCGGCAAAGGAAUUCGAUUCGGCAGACGAAUCCGACUGCAUGCGGCCACUGCCGCAUUCGAGACGCCCAAGCCUGAUCGACCCACUCGGGCCAAGCGAUGCCAUCUUUAGUCGGCGUUAUGUCGAUCCUUGGGACAUGGAGAAUUACGUCUACAUAAGAAAACAAGUGGAUCCCGCUCUCGAGUUGGAGGUUGCCCCAUCGCCAGCCGGUAUACCAAUCCAGUCUAAAUUCUAUUAUGUUCCGGGAGAACUGGAGAGCUGCCGAGAGUGCAAUGCCGAAAUGCUUAUUCCAGGAAAGGGCGAUGUUAUCGAUGAUGACUUGGUAGAAGAUGAGGACGAAGACGACGACGGAAUCGACGACGAUCUAGAGGCCGAUGAACUGGAUGAGGACGGAUUCUAUACCGAGCGGUACGACACGGUUAUGGAAGAGGACAGCAUCGGUGGAGAUGAUCGUGUGUACAGCUCCUAUACAGAUCUGGAAACCUCUUCAACCGAACAUCCCAGCUCAUGUGACAGUUCGAUGUCCGCUCUGCGUCUACACACACCCGGCUUCGGUAAGACCGCCACCAACCGACGACCGAUCGUGCUGCCUAAACCGAUUCCCCAGCUUGAGUUCCCCGGACCGCCAUCAUACGAUUACUAUGAACCGAGCUGCUGCUAUAUGCCACUUCCACCCCCGAUUCCCGCACACCACAUCCCGCUGUUGGAGUCCUCCAGCGUUCCACCCAGCAUGGCCGGAGGCGGCAACUAUUACACACUGAACGAUUGCUUCGAGUGUGCCCGCCAGGAGGUGGAACAUGUGCCACUGUACGCCACCAGCCGGCAAAGUCCGAUGCGCAGACGCUCCCGGAGCAUCAGCGUAGUCAGCAUGGCCAGGCGACCCAGCCAGAUUGGCAUGCCGGGGCCCGUUUUGGCUAUAGGACCUCCGUCACCAGUUUCCGUAGAUCCAUCCACGGCGGUAUCCAUUGCAGCCACCAAUGCUAACGUAUGUUACACUCCGCAACAUUUCAGUCUUAGCAAGAAGGGUCUGCUCAAAAUCGAUUACUCGUGCAAUUGGGACAAUCUGGACCGGUAUAUUGCCAAGUGAGGCAGAUUCGGAGUACUUUUUCCGUUCUUUAUAUCUUUCUACGUGAACCAUGCUCAAUUUAUUUAGUGAUAAAAUAAACAUGAGACAAACACCGGCACGAACAGUAAGGAAUUAAGGAAUGUAUUUAAGUUAAAGUGUACUAAUAUUGCUGCGGAAGUGCUUUGUAAAUAUCGAAAAUGCAAACAAAUAUCUAAUAAAGUUAAUUAACCCUCCGUUCAUGGUAAAUUUAAUAAAAAAUAUGACACUCAC